UGGGAAGGGGGCGGGGCCAAGAUGGCGGUGUGCAUCGCUGUGAUCGGCAAGGAGAACUAUCCUCUCUACAUCCGGAGUGUGCCCACGGAGAACGAGCUGAAGUUCCACUACACCGUGCACACCUCCCUGGAUGUGGUGGAUGAGAAGAUCUCUGCCCUGGGCAAGGCUCUGGUGGAUCAGAGGGAACUCUACCUCGGGCUCCUCUACCCCACAGAAGACUACAAGGUCUAUGGCUACGUGACCAACUCCAAGGUGAAGUUUGUGAUGGUGGUGGAUUCCUCAAACACAGCUCUGAGAGACAACGAGAUCCGCAGCAUGUUCCGGAAGCUGCACAACUCCUACACAGACAUCAUGUGUAACCCUUUCUAUAACCCUGGGGACCGUAUCCAUUCCAGGGCUUUUGAUAACAUGGUGAACUCCAUGAUGAUGCAGGUGUGCUGAGGCUCUCACCCCAGCCUUGAGAACACUCCCCCUGUCCAGGAGGCUGCCUGCAAAGGGAUGUAUAUAUUUUGUCUUUGUUCUCUGUCAGAUUUUAAAGUUAUUCUGUGUAAAAUAAACUCCACACCUGCAA